AUGGCUCCCAAAGGAGGGGGUGGUGGUGCUGGCGCGAAGAAACUAAACAAUAGUUUCGACGGCCAACAGUCACAAUCGUCCACAACAACAAAAGCACCACCAACAAAGAAAACAACAACAACAAUGACACCGACAACAACGACCAACACACAAAGAACUGGCCUAGUCGGCAGCACGCCAAACCCAAAGAAAAACAACCAACAGCCUUUCAGUAUUGCCCCUCUGGUUCUAGAGGGAGCCAAAUUGACAAAAAUGGCAUUAAAUGAUAUUUUGAAGCAGCAAUUUAGCGACAUCAAAAUUACUGACAUCCAACUCGGACGUUCAGGAAAUUUUACUCUCUAUGCGUAUGAUGUUAAAUCGUUCAAUCGUCUCCUCAACGAAUUAACGACAAAAUUAGCUGAAAAUGGUCAAACCGACCUUAGUGUCUAUGUUCCUCGAUCUAUUCAACGGAUCAAGGAUACAGAAAAAAUGGCUUUCGUCAAACGGGUUGAUCUUGAAAUUCCUGAUGAUCGAAUAACAGCAGCAUUAACGGCCGUCGGUCUUGAUGUAACCAACGUUACUCGGCUCACCAGCAAAGAUGGAAAGACCCCAACAAGAACAAUCAAAAUAUCAUUUAGUGAUGUUCAAAAUCGAAACACUUUCGUGCAUACUGGGUUACAGGUGGAUUGCAUGCACUUCACCGCUGAGCCAGCAUCACAAAAUAACAAGCCGGUGCAAUGCUAUAUAUGCUUGCAAUUCAAUCAUGUGGCCAAAUACUGCAAAACGAAGCAACAAGUAUGUGCCAAAUGUGGUGAAAACCACAAAUUGGACCAAUGCUCUGUUGCCAACGAUGCAGCCAAAUGCCACAACUGUAAAGGUAAUCAUUUAGCUACCUCUAUAGAUUGUCCACUCUUCAAGGAUCAAGAAAAAAGAAUGCUAAACUUGAUUAACCAAUACGCAACAGCAAGCAGACCAACAACAAUAGUACCGGCCCUCCACGACAACAACCACUUCCCACCAUUACCAAAUGUAUUCCAACAACGACAAGAUAGUUUCCAAAACGACUUAUUCGAUCAAAUGUUCAAUGCAUUCAGUAGCAAAAUGGAAAAAUUAAUCGAAGAAACAACAAGCCGAUUAUUCCGUAAGCUACAGAAAAAGAUCAAAUGCAUCGAAAAGUCAAUUGGAUUAUAUGGAAAAGGCCAAGAUGAUGCUUCAACAGACUCUGACUCUGACUCUCAGGAGGAAAGUCAAGUAGUUAAGCACAUCAAAGCUAGCCAACAGAAAAAUCAACCUCUAACAACCGAUUCAUCGAUCACAACCUCGUCAAAGGUCAAUACAGCUUCCAAUAUUCCUCUUCCUAAACAACAUCGAACACAAGAGCAAAUCGAAGCUAACAAUACGCACAAGAGACUGCGUGCGUCGAGUAGUCCACCAGACGCAAAGACGAAGAAAAACAACAACAACAAAAACCCGAGAACGAGUGAUAUCGAUGAUUCGGAUAUGUCACAUUAA